AUGUCUGAUGACAAGGACGUUCGCGAGCUCGCAGAGGCAAAGAAACUUCCUCUACCGGACCGUAUUGCGCAUUCGAACUGGAAGGCGAGGGUUGCAGCUUAUGAGGACAUCAGCGCGGCGUGCAGGGAGAUAUAUGACGAUGCUGAUCCACGACUCUCGGAAUUUGCUCCACUGUUUCCGAAGGCUGUCACAGAGGCCAAUGCAGCUGCUGUCGACAAAGCCCUUGACGCGCUUGUGGUGUUCCUCACCAAGGCUACUGAACAGCACGCCAGCAGGAUAUGCGAGAAGACCUGCUCCAAUAUCGUGGCCAAGUGCCUCAGCGCCAGGACCAGUACGCUGACGCGUGCUCUGGAUGCGAUGCUGCUUUUCAUUGAGCUGGAGCAAGCAGAAAAGGUCACGGAGGCCCUCGUGUCUGGACUCGGCAACAAGAACCCCAAGGUGGUCGUCGCUUCGCUGGAGUUCCUGUACCAUGGGCUGAAUCUUUUUGGGCACCGUGUUGUGGCUCCACAGCCCAUGAUCAAGGCCUUGCCCGCCCUCUUUGAGUCCAAGGAUGGGAAAGCACGUGACAAGGUCAAGGACCUAGUGAUGGAGCUGGCACGGUGGCUGGGCCCGGACGCAGUGCGCACGAUGCUGUUUGAAAAGAUGCGCGAGGUCAUGCGCGAUGAGUUGAACCGGAACCUGGAGGGUUUGGAGCUCUCGCGGAAGCCGCCGCGCCUGACGCGCAAGCAGCAGGCCAAGGCUGCGGACGCUCGUGAGCAAGCGCCCGUGGGCAAUGGCGCCACAAGCAAUGGGGGUGCCGCAGCAGCCGCCGCAGAGGACGAGCCACCACCCGAGGCUGACCCAUAUGAUUUCGUGGAUCCGAAGAAGGUCCUCUCGGAACUCAAGUCGGACAGUUUCUGGGACAAACUGGAGGAGAAGAAAUGGACGGAGCGCCGCGACGCUGUGUUGCUCCUUAAGGGGCUUGCAGACACUCCGCGUAUUGCAUCGGGCGACUACGGUGACCUGAUGCGCGAGCUGCGGAAGUUGAUCAGCAAGGACAGCAAUGUGGUGGUGGUGGCGGAGUCGAUCAAUUGCUGUGGGCUGCUUGCUAAGGGCCUGCGCAAGGAGUUUGCGUCCUGGGCACGCAACCUUGCCGGUCUGUUGCUGGAGAAAUUCAAGGAGAAGAAUAGCAACGUGGGAAACGCUGUGGCGGGUGCACUGACGUUCAUGCACAAAUACUGCUGGAGCCUUACGGAGGUGGUUGAGGAUUUCACCGAGGCGAUGGGACACGCCAACCCGAAGGUCAAAGAGGACACGUACAAAUGGCUAACCGGCGCCGUGCCCCAGGAGCCCAAAGCCAAUUUGAAGCAGCUCGUGGCGCCUUUGAUGGGAGCAGCGGCGAAGGGGGCAGAAGAGGCCACUCCUGCCCUCCGAGAAGCUGCCAUGGGUUUCAUGGCGGCAUUCACUGUACGGUUUGGCAACACCGCCAUCCUGGAGAAAUUUGGCGCUAAGCUUGACGACGCCCGAAAGAAGAAGUUGCAGGCGGCGAGGACGCCUGGUCCAACCCUAAGCAUGAAAUCUCGCCUUGGCGCUACGGUGCGGCCGGCAGCGGCAUCGAAACCAGCGUCCGCAGCACCUGGCGGUGGCGGGGGACCGUCAGCCGGUGCAGGCGGCGGGGCCGGGGCCGGGAAAAAAGCGGCAAGUGGCGGGGACGGAGACGAUGAGGCAAGCCUGGCGUCUGGUAGCUUGUCACGCGACCAGGCCGUGCAAGCUCUGACGGACCUUGUUGGCGAAGCCACCGUGAAAGAGCUUCAGGACGAACAGUGGAAGGUGCGCCUGGAUGCCAUGGAGCGCCUGGUGGCCUUCGUUGGAGAGCCAGGAGUGGCCGCCGCCAACGGGAGCACCAUCGUGCAGUCAGUUUCGCACGUCCCAGGAUGGGCAGAGAAGAACUUCCAGGUGAUGGCGAAAGUUCUCGAGGCGUUGCGAGUCACGGCCACGGGGUGCCCCUCCUUCAGCAAGCGGGAUGCCUUCACUUGUAUCGGCGGCAUUAUCGACAAGGUUGCAGACUUGAAGCUUAAGCAGCCUAGCUUCGACACGCUGACCAGCUUCGCGGAGGCGGUGGGACCGCAGUUCAUCAUGACACAGUUGCACAAGAAGGCCGCCGCGCACAAGAACCCUAAGGUCCAAAGCGAGGCCAUCAACUGGAUCGGCCGAGCGAUCCUUGAGUUCGGGCUCGCUGGUAUGGAUGUGCGUGCCCUGCUGGACUGGGCAAAGGAAGAUUUGGGGUCAGCCAACGCCGGCGUCCGCAACUCAUCCAUCCAGCUGCUUGGCAUCAUGUACCGCUUCCUAGGGCCGGCCCUUGGGGACAUGAUUCGGGCGGAUGUAAAGCCGGCGCUCAUGACCGCCAUUGAUGGCGAGUUUGCCAAGAACGCGGACCUGCCGAAGCCCGAGCCCACGCGUGUUUCACGCGUUGCCACGACUGCCCGCGGCGGAGCUGCCGGUGCAAAGGGUGGCGCCAAAGGGGGCGGGGGUGGCAACGCGGGUGCUGCGGCAGGCGAGCUUAUCACUCAGCUUGGUAGCUCCAACUGGAAGGAGCGCAAGGCAGGUCUGGAUGCGAUCGAGACCAUUCUGACCCAGGCCGGCAACCGCAUUCAGCCGCAGACGGGCGACCUGCUUCCGGAGCUGAAGAAGCGCAUGGCCGACUCGAACAAGAACCUUACCACACAGGCGCUUACGGUGCUGGGGCGCAUCGCGAAGGCCAUGGGCAAAGCAAUCGAUCGACAGGGACGGCCCUUGUUGACCCCGGCUAUCAAGAACAUCACCGACCAGAAACAAACGGUGCGGUCGGCAGUCACCGAGAUGCUGGACGCCUGGGUGGGCGUAACAAGCGCAUCCUGUGUCAUGCCGGACGUGAUGGACUUCUACAUCAGCAGUAAGAUCACCGCCGACGGCAAGGCGGAGACGCUGAAGUGGAUGGCGUCGCUGGCGUCUGGGGCCAAGAUCAGCGACUGUUUGGUGGAUAUCCUGCGUGCUGGGGGCAUGGGCUCGACGGAUAAGGCCGCAGAAGUCCGCGAUGCUGCGUCAAAACUUAUGAUUGCUCUUGUUGAGACGAUUGGAGCUGCGGAGCUCGGUGCAGCUGCACAAACCCUGGACGUUGCGACUCGGAAGCCCGCCAUGGAUGCCAUCAGCAAGGUCACCGGCGCGCCAGUUCCCGUGGCAGCGGUGGCGGCAUUCGGUUCUGCAGCUGCAGCGCCUUCCGCAAAACCUGCAGCUACGCGGAGCUCAAAGGACAUGUUGCGCGCCUCCACGGCGAGCGGCAUUGCACGACCAGGAGGGUUAAACAGCACCAUGUCGCGACCGGGAACCGCGAAGACCAGCGGUGUUGCGAAGUCUAUGCACGGCUCGAGCAUGGGAGCUAUGGCGGCGGCCGAUGCUGGGCCAUUGCUUAUGCCAGACAACCGCAAAGAAGAUCGAGCUAAGAAGGGCCGCUUCAGGCCAGCGAAGCUGCAGAUCAUGCCGGACGAAGCAGUGACGUUGGAGGCGGAGUUCAGCCCGAUGCUCAGCCCCGCGUUGCGUGCGGCCGCGUUCAGCAAGGACUUCAAGAAGCACUGCGAGGCCGCGGACAUGCUGAUCAAGGCUCUGCCGGUGGUGUAUGACGAGGUCAUUGCCAUUGUGGACCUACUGUUUAGGUGGUCGACACUGCGCAUACUGGAGUCGAACACUGCCUCGCUUGUCAAGGUCUUGGAUAUGCUGAAGCUGCUCUUGGAUUUGAUGAUCGACCGCGGUUAUCGGAUAUCGGAAUACGAGGCCAAGCUAAUCCUGCCGGCCGUCGUCGAGAAAUCGGGGCAUAACCAGGAUAAGCUGAAGGCGGAGCACCGGGAGCUUUUGAAGCGUUUCGCGCAGGUGCACCCGCCCGUUAAGGUUGUGACAUACGUGAAGGACGGCUUGGAGUCUAAGAACAGCAAGACACGCGUGGUGUGUCUGGACGAGAUUGCAGCCAUUGUAGAGCGCACUGGUCCGGUCGUCGAUAGCCUCAUGGCAGCCGUGGCGCGACUCGUAGCGGAACGGGAUACAGCAGUGCGGGCGGCCUGCUUGGGUGUCAUGGAAGUCCUAUACUGCAUCGAAGGGCAGGGCAUGUGGGACUACGUUGGGCGCCUGACGGAUCAGCAGAAGUCGCUGAUUGAGGAGCGAAUCAAGGCAGUGGGCAAUCGCCUGGUCCGGGCUGGCCACCAACCCGGCUACAAGGCAGCUGAGUACGGUCUCCCGGUUCAGCCUUCAACCACCGCUGGGGUUGCAUCGCCCGCUGCCAGGGGAAGCCUCAUGGACUCCUUUUCUGGACGUGGGGCCCUCGCAACCUCGAUGGCGGCUGUCCCGCCACCAGCGAACUCGGACAGCCCGCCGCCAGUGCAAGCGGCGCCAGAGGGCUAUGAUGUUCGCCGUGUAAACUCUCCAGCCAUCAGCCGCUUUGGAUCUUUCAACAUGGGUGCUGUUCCCGUAUCCGGUGGCGAUUCUGCGGUGCUGACGUCUUUGGAGGGACCUGACGAGGAGGCCACAAUGCGCAAUUGGGUCAUCAUGCAUGACCGGCUUCAAGGCGAUGACUGGGAGGGCGCAACCCAAGCUAUGAAGCUGCUGUGCUACAGCUACAUGGAGCUGGACAAGCACAGUCCGCACGUUGUUUCACUACUCAUGGAUCCUCGCAACGCAGACGAACUCGUACACCUGUUAUCGCAACGGAUUGAGCAGUCCCUGUCGGAUGCUGCUGCUUCAACGAUGUGCCUGCCAGGCGGCCCCAUAUACAAUGCACGGGCCUGCAAGUACAGCGUCAACUCCCUAAUGAACUUGUGCAACGUGACGCCCCUCACGACGAGCCUAACUGACAGUGCGCUGCGGAGGCUCUGCAGCGUGCUGAUAGCUUGCCUCAUUGAUGGGCGUUUGCGUCAGGUGCCCGACGGUGAUGGGCUGCUGAAGGCCGUCAAUAUGCUUAUUAUGAAGUUGCUGGAGCAUGCGAACAGGGCUGGGUUGUUCGGCGGUUUCAUCCACUGCCUGCGCGUUCCUAACCCUCGGAUUUACGAGAUGGCUCACCCAGCGACGGCUGGAUCUGAUGGUGGUGAAGCGGAGAUGCUGUUGCGAUGGAACGACAUGCUCGUGAAGUGUUUGAUCAAGAUGACGAAACAGCUUGGGGCGUUGGUGCCGUCCCUCAAUGUGGGCAACGUGCUGGUGCACAUUCAUCGGUACAUGCAAGAUCUGGGCACCGAGGAGGUCCGCCGCCGUAGCUCAAAUGAGGACAAGCCCCUGCGGAUGGUGAAGACAAUGCUUCACGAGUUGUGCAAGCACCGUGGCUACGACAUUUACAAGGACGUCGAAGCGAUGCCAGGGGUUCAGGAGACCAUGGAGGAGAUGGUCAUGUUGCCGUACAUCCGCCUUAACUUGGAGACGCUGCAGCGCGCAGGUCAGAAUCUUCCGGGUUCGGCGGCGGCAGCGACCCUCAUGGCCGCCGCGGCUGCGCCCAGGCCGGCUAUGGCGCCCAACGCUGACGUGGCCUCGACCUCCGGGUCAGCAGCGGCUGGGGCGCCCCGCUCAAGAGGCAUACCGUAUGCCACCCCGGCCAGCACUGCAGCAGCCUCUGCGACGGGGGGCAAUGUGUCUCCGCUUAGCCUGGAGCCAUCGAGUCAUGAGUUCAAGCGGCCGGUGUUGGACGAUCAGGAGGCACGUAAUGUCUUGGCGACCAUCUUCAAGCGCAUUGGCGACAAAGCGCAAUCGCAGCAGGCGCUUGUGGAUCUGCACCACUUCAUCGACGCGAAUCCCAACAUCGACGUUUUGAACCAGAUGUUGAGCCAGGUGAGCCCAUACUUUAAGCAGUUCCUGCAGCGCGGUCUGUCCAAGGUGCGGCUUCAGCUUCAGCACGCGGCAUCGACUGCGGCAGCAGCGACUGCUCAGGAGCACGCUAGCGGAUCGCCAGCCGCCGCCGCCAAGCUAUCCGAUGGCGGUGGCGCCAAUAGCGGUGGCGGCAGCAGCUGGGGGACUCUGGAUGGAGACUCGGCCGGGCCGUUGUCGAGCCGGAUGACACUUGCCGACAAGCUGGCCGCUUCUGAGGCGCGUCCGCACAGUCCGGCGUCUCCCGGGCGCUUGCGGGGCGUUGGCAAUCUGGACGAGCUCCGCAGCCGCAUGAAUAGCCUGAGCACCAACUUGCACGAUCUGCCCGUGCGGAACUCGGCGAGCAUUUCAGUGCCUGGAGGUGUCUCGCAAGAUCUACUUGAUUUGCAGGAGCGCAUGAAGAAGAUCCAGAGCAUUGCCGCGGCAGCAGGGCCGAGCAGCUAGGAGGUGGAUUAAUGGUGGUGGGUAUUGCCACGCGCAGAGGUGUACAUCAUGCACAUGUUCGCAGGCGGGAUUCACGUUGCACUAUUUUUUGUGUCGAGGUGCUAUGGAAGGUGCAGUCUCAGCUUGCGAUUGUUUCCCGAAAUCAGCGGCAUUCUGGUAGUAGGUGUCACGGACUGUUUGUGGUGUGUUUAUGAGUGCUGUUCUGGUUUGUAUUCGUAAUUUUCAGUGAUCAUGCGCUCUGGUCCAGGAUGGCUUGACAUCAGCGUGCAGCGUACAGGCAUCGCUCAGGGGGGCGUGUUAAAGCGAGUGAGGUUUGUCUCACACGUGUUCUUGUUAGCAGUUCCACUGUUCGGUCUCAACCUUAACAGGUUCCACACACGUCGUACAUACUUCGCACGCUUUUUGACAUCAUUGAAAUGCAACUAAGCCUUCCUCUUAAAGGCCGUCAACACAAAGUAUGUAAUUGUCACUGCUUG